AUGCCCUACACAGAUGACGAAGACUCGGGCAAAAUGAAGCGAAUGUCCUCAUUGUCCUUAUCCAGCCCCAAGAAGAAGGGGCUUGUAUUGUUAGAACUCUUCGAUUUCCCUCGUCGUCAAGCUGAAUACCAACCGAUAAAAAGAUCAAGCGUUGAGGAGGUAGAUUCCAUCAUGACGGAAGAAGCAAAUAGUCUCGAACAGGGCCGUGUAGUGCCGCACAGGCGGAAACGACGCCGGGAAGGUUAUCUCAUUUGCGGUAGUCUUUGGGCAUUGACAUUAUUAGCCAUCUUUGCAUUCAUGGACCUUGUGCUCACUAUAUCGCGGGGUCUAUGGGGAUGGGAUGAAGACCCCGAUCGGAUCUUCUCCAAAUGGGGAGAACCGAGCACGGGGACAGAGGGACUUAAGUGGUACCCUACAGACUUCCUCCGAGAUGUACAGCCGAUACCAUGCCACUCACACAACGACUACUGGAGGGCCGUUCCCCUCUUCUCGGCACUACACGCUGGCUGCAUCGGCGUCGAGGCAGAUGUCCAUCUGUUUGACGAUGACGACAAGCUCUACGUCGGACAUGACAGUGCUUCGUUAACCUCGAAUCGAACCCUGCAGUCGCUCUACAUCGAUCCCAUUGUGGAACUGCUGAACCAGACAAACCCGAGAACGGAAUUCUUCAAUGGGACUGACACCAAGAACGGCGUCUUUGACGUGGACCGGGAUCAGUCUCUGACUCUGCUUAUCGACGUCAAGACCAACGGUGCCAAGACGUGGCCGCAGGUCGUCGCCCAGCUUCAGCCUCUCCGCGAGAGAGGAUGGUUGACCUAUGUCGAAAACGGCGUCCGCCACAAUGGCCCCGUCACCGUCGUGGGGACAGGCCACACGCCCUUUGAGCUCAUCAUUGCCAACUCGACCUAUCGAGACUACUUUUUCGAUGCGCCCCUCCACAAAAUGUACGAGGAUCCCGACGGGGUCAUUGACGAGUCAACCAUUGAUAUGACCUACAACUCGACCAAUUCGCACUAUGCGAGCGUAAGCCUGAAGAAGGCCGUUGGGUUGACAUUUCUCGGUAUGAGCAGGGACCAGAUGCGCAUCAUUAGGGGGCAGAUCAAGGGAGCUGAGCGGAGAGGUCUUGCUUCCCGCUAUUGGGACACGCCAGGUUGGCCAGUUGGUUUGCGAGAUGGGAUCUGGCACAAAUUGGCAUAUGCCGGCGUGGGCAUGUUGAACGUGGACGAUCUCAGAAGCGCCACAAGAAAAUUGUGGUGA